AUGAUAGAAAAUAACAAUGAUAUAAAAGUAUUAGAUCCCAAAUGUGCAGAGAGGCUAUUCUUUGAUAAUGGUAAAAUAGCCGGAGAUAUUAGAACAUUUAAUAGUGAAUCAAAGAUUUUGAGUAAACCACUUUUGACAAACAAAGAAUUCUAUGAAAAUACAUCAGAGGCUGUAGGACGCAUAUUUGUAAGGUUUAUUAUAAAUAACGAAGCAAAAUGGUCAAGAGGAACUGGUUUUUGUGUGAAGAGAGAUACUAUUAUUACCGCUAGACAUGUACUCUUGCUUUCACUGGAUCCCAACCCACCCGAUAUAAAUCGAUAUGAUAAGAUCUAUAUUUACUUUGGAUGUAAUGCAUCGGUUGAUCAGGAGAUAACUCUCUCAAAUUGUGCUGAUUCCAUUGCGACCGCCAAACCAGGAUUCUACGAGCUGGAGUCAUUAGGAAGAGAAUUCGAUAGUAUAUUCAAAGAGAAAUUAUUUGUGAAAAAAAUCGACAAUCAUUCUCAACUUUGCAGCUGGCCUACAGAAAACGAUAUAGAGGUUUUUAAAUUCAAGGACAAAACAUAUUUCCACGACCACUUUAUACUACCGAUGAUACCAAGUAUCAUCAACAACAAUAGCAAUCAAACCAUAAAUACACACUACGUUAUGGGAUAUCCUGAUGCGAUCGAAUUAAGCGAUUACACUAGCGAAUACCCCGAAGAGAUAAAUGGUAAAGAACCUAUGGACAUUAUUAUCCAGUACGCCCAAAUAUUGAAUCAAUUUAAAAUCUUCGAGCAUAAGACAAUGUGUAUCUCUAACAAAUUGCUGUGUUUAGAACGUAACGUACUACUACAUCAUUGUCCUACGCUUCGUGGUACUUCUGGUGGCAUCCUAGCAGAGUUUGAUCAAAAGAAAAAGUUCAUUGGAAUACACCUUGGUGGUUCACAGGAAAUAGGAAACAUCGCAAUAUCAGUUACUCACCCACUAUUCUGUCACAUAUAUCAAGAAUAUGUACUUGUAGAUAAAGAUUUCGAAAAUAUAAACAGAGAUAGUUUAAAACCAUAUAUUGAUUAUAUUAAAAAAACAUUAUCGCAAUAUAAUGUAAAAUAA